AUGUCUUGGUUUUCAUAUCCUUACAGUUUCUAUGGCCGAAAUUACUAUAUGGGUCGUUUAAUCGGCCAAGUCAUGCCAUCUGCUGGUGUACAUGAUAUAAUGCGUCUAGGACGUGAAUUGUAUGAAUAUCCUGAUUAUAUGCUUUCAGCACUUCAUGUUCGACCAGGUAUGGUCGUUGCCGAUGUCGGCGCUGGCUGUGGUUCUAAUUCAAUACGUCUUGCGAAACUCGUCGGUCCAUAUGGACGCGUCUUUUCGACCGAAAUCCAACCUGAUAUGCUUGGUCAGUUAAUGAUGAACGCAUAUACGCACGGUCUUUCGCAUAACGUCAUCCCUGUUCUUGCGACACACAGCAAUACAAAUCUUCCGCCAAACUCCUGUGAUCUUAUCCUGAUGGUUGAUACCUAUCAUGAAUGUACCAAUCCGCCGGCUAUUCUGCACGAAUUACGCCAAGCAUUGAAACCUCAUGGACGACUCGUUCUAGUCGAAUAUCGAUUAGAAGAUAGUUGGAUGCCUAAUAUGUACGACGAUCAUCGAAUGUCAGUCGCACAAGCAAAAUUAGAAUUGGAAUCCAAUGGUUUUCGUCUAGCACAACUUUACGAGUUUCUACCUUGGCAACACAUAAUGAUCUUUGAUAAAAUCUAA